AUGGAGCUUAUACAGGAGAAGCAUGGGUUUCGGGCAUCCCCUCGCAAAUGGAAAAUGAAAUUCAAGGAGUGGGGUUAUGAAAAGCGUCUGACCGAAUGCAACAUGAAGAUCGUGGCUGCGAAAGCUGAGAGAAGGGCCUAUGAAGAUGGCAAGAAGACAGAAUUUUUCCACAAUGGUAUUUUCAUACAACCGAGCAGGAUUGAGAAUUUUAAAAGGAGGAAGACUUUCAAAAACUCCGAGGGAGCAUCUCCUUCAGCUGAAACACCACUGUGUAUCACAUAUUGCACUCCAAGAUCAGAGUCUAGUCCUGGACCGGAAAGUAUACAGGACACAGCAAAAUUCGUCGACACUCCAGAUGUCAUCGAAGCAGGUAACAACGGCCUUGGUUCCAGAAAGUCCUCUUCAUCCACGUCAUCCAUCAGAGAACGUCUUCAAGUCGAUGGGUCGACAGCAUCAACCUUAGAAAACCGUGUUUCGAAUCAGUCGGCUUCAAGUAUCCUGUCACCAGACAGCGGCUUAAACACUACGAUUACUGUCGGCAACAGAUUUGGAAAGGAAACACUGAGAAAAGCUCCAAAUCCACCACUUAACAAUUUCGAUUCUUCACUUCGCAUCAAGAGUUUACAAAGAGUUUAUUCGCCCUUGCUCUUUCGACGUCCCAACGAGCUUCUCCAUCGGAACCAACAACCUGACGGGCGAGCCAUCAUGCUUACGCAAACCAAGGCUGAAUUCCAUGUGCGCCGCCAUGAGUAUGAUGAGGCAGCGGUCUUGUACUGGAAAGUGAUAGCCGGAUGGCGUUUUCUGGGUAACGAUGAGAAGCGGCUGGAGGCACAGCUCACUCUGGGCGGCGUGUUCGAGAAGCAGGAUCGCGUCGCCGAUGCAUUCUCCUUAUUCAUGUCAUCUUUCAUCGAAUAUCUCGACAUCGCUCUUUCAUUGACACUCGACUCUCCUCAAUUUAUCUCCCUGCGUAGCUCGGCCAUGUACUUGCGCAAAGCACACAUACGGGCGAAUAUUUUCGGGAAAUGGAGCGAGGUGAGCGAUCGUCUAGGUUAUCUAGAUGAGGCUGAGACCGAGUCUUUGCUUUCACACCACGAAUACCCCGGGCCAACACCAGGAUUUAUACAUGGUCCGGAUGUCGUCAAAGCUGCCAUCAACUUGGCCAUUGCUUACUCUGCUGUUGGCGAAUUCGGCAUCGCCGAAUCUAUAUUCAAGCUUGUGCUCAGUAGUACUUCGGAAUCAUCCAGGAAACGAUUCAAUACACUUACUUUCGAGGACAGAGCGAUCGCCAACCGAGACUAUGCCAUGCACUGCCACCAACGAGGCAACAAUCUGGACUGCUUCUCGUACUUGGCUCGGGCUUUGGAGAACUGCUUGGAGGCACAUUUCCCUGGCAUCGGUACCGAAAUCACGAACUCCAUCAAACAUCUCUUGAAAAUGAUGAAUCGACAACUGGUUGUAGAUAAAGAAUCUGCUGCCGAGCUGGCAGAGCUGAAACUUCAGCAGGUCAGCGUCGUAAUAUCAAUCAUCAGCAAAACGGUGUCAUACAAAGAAAGUUGUAGAGAUCCGAGCAGCAUUACUUAUUAA